AUGUCCUUAUCGACGGGACUAACAGAGCUUCCCUUUCGUGGUUCAUCUGAAAUAAUCAAAAUUCCAACUUCCGGUUAUGAGUUUGGUGCAAAUUUCACUGACCCAAAGUUGCUGCUUAUCGGAAAGGUCAAAACGGAUGGUACACUUAAUGCGACUGUGAACUGCAAUUUGACGGAUACUCUUACCAUAAAGACUAAAGCUCAGCUGACAAAUGAACAAGAUAGGUCCGAAGGCGUGUUCAACUUUGAUUACAAGGGGUCAGACUACAGAACUCAGCUUCAACUUGGAAGCGGUUCCCUUUAUAGAGCUAGCUAUAUUCAGCAUGUUACACCCAAGCUAUCAUUAGGUGGCGAGACUGGUCAGCAACCGACGUCAGGUGUUGUAUCUGCGGCUAGAUACGAGACUGAUAAAAUGGUCUCACUUGCAGCAGAUUUCAUGUACGAUGCAAUGUUGAGAGAUGCUACAGCUAGUGUUGGGUAUAACUACAUUCUUCGACAUAGUCGGCUAAGAGGUAAGAUUGAUUCUAAUGGAACAACCUCUGCUCACCUCGAAGAACGUUUGCCUAUUGGUGAUGGAGUCUGUUGCAUUCUAUCCGCAGAGGUGGAUCACUUGAAGAAAGAUUACAAGUUUGGUUUCGGUGUCAAGUUGCUGUUUUGGUUCCAUAAUGAGUAA